AUGAGGCUCCUCCCCCUCAUCCUCAUCCCCCUCCUCCCGCUCGCAGGCCUCUUCGCCUCCGCCAGCGCCGCCGUCAGGGACAGCAGAUACGCCGCCGUGCAGCAGCUCGUGCCGGACGGACUGACGCCGCGGUAUUUCGUCGACAGGUCGCAUCCGCUGUUCAAGCGCGAGGGAUCGUGUGGCGACGACGCACACAGCUGCCUCGACAUCGGCCACGGCGACCGCUGCUGCGACAACAACAGCUACUGCUACGUCAACUCCUCCAACCAGCCCAAAUGCUGCGCAAUCGGCCAGGCCUGCACCUCCGACAACCCCUGCCCGGCCACCGCCGUCCGCUGCUCCGUCACACGAACAAUCACCCUCACAGCCUCCUCUUCUUCUUCCUCCAGAACAACAGCAACAUCAUCCUUCCCCAGCAGUAGCAGCAGCAGAGCAGCAGCAGCAGGCGCAAGGACAACAACAACAACCGUCCUCACGGGCUGCUGCGGCCGCGCCUGUCCCCAGACCAGCUUCUACCUCUGCGCGCCCUCCCUCGGCGGCAACUGCUGCCCCUUUGACUCCAACUGCCAGGCCGGCGGCCACUGCGUGUCCACAAAGACCAGCCCGCCGCCGGGCCUCACGCCCGUCGUCGCCAACGACGGAUGCACCACCAGCCAGUUCCGGUGCCCCGACGGCAACGGCUGCUGCGACAACGGCCAGGCGUGCACCUCGUUUGGCGGAUCGGGAUACUGCUCCACCGCGACGGGCGGGCCGACGAGCACCCUCGCAGCAGCAGGCGACGAUGACUCUUCUUCCUCGUCUUCUCGAGGGGGCGGCUCGGGCUCUCUCUCCCCCGGCGCAGAAGCAGGCAUCGCUGUCGGCGCCGUCGUGGGCGGCGGCCUCCUCGUCGCAGCAGCGGCAUGGUUCUACCUCACCCGCCGCCGCAAAGCCCGGCACGCGAGCCCCUACAACAUCAACAACAACAACGGCCCGGCAGCACACGACGCGCCCAUGGCCAUCGCACCGACGACUUCUUCCCCCGACGCCGCGGCAGGCCACCAGCGCUGGGAAAUGGUGUCCUCCGUGACGCCCUCCGGCGCCGCCGUCACCGACGCGGGGACCCUCCGCUCUCCGUCCUCCGCCCCCCCGGAUCAUCAUCAGCAUCAUCGUCAUCCUCCCGUCGAGCUAGGCGCCGAUCGGGAGCUCCUGAGCGAGGUUUCCGGCGAGGGAGUGCUGUCGCCGAGGUCGGGCGUGAGCAGCAUGGCGUUUGGCGGCACGGAGCUGAGGACGCCGGAGACGCUGGAUGGGCGGUUCGAGUUGCAUGGUUCCGAGGGGAAUUGGCCGAUGAUGAUGCCUUCGCCGGCGAGUCCAUUGCCCAGUCCACCCUUGCCGGACGUGAAUCAGGGUUCCGAAAAGGAUAGGCCUUGA